AUGUCUGGACCUCGCGUUGCAUGGAUUGGCCUCGGUAACAUCGGCCGAGGCAUGAGCCAAAACAUAGCCCAAAAAGGCCCCCAAACCGGCCCCAUAAUCCUCUACAACCGCACCACCUCCCGCGCCACAGCCCACGCCAACAAGCUCGGCGCCGACAAAGCAACCGUCGCCUCAACCCUCCACGACGCCGUCGCCGCCGCCGACCUAAUCUUCACCUGCGUCGGCGACGACCCAGCCCUAACCUCCAUCGUGGAGACCAUCCUCGCCGACAAAACCCUAACCCUAACCAACAAGACCUUCAUCGACUGCUCGACCGUGCACCCGGACACAUCACGCAGCACCGAAGCCGCCUACCUCGCCCGCGCCGCCAACUUCGUCGCCUGCCCCGUCUUCGGCGCGCCCAACAUGGCCGACGCCGGCGCCCUGAUCGUCGUCCCGGCCGGCAAGCAAGCCUCCAUCGCGACGCUGCGCCCGUUCCUGGACGGCGUCGUCGCGAAGCAGACCAUUGAUUUGGCUGCCGGCACGGGCGCGGAUAUCGAUGUGGGCAAGGCGUCUACCAUGAAGGUUAUUGGGAAUACGUUUAUCUUGAAUACGGUGGGCGUGCUGGCCGAGUCGCUGGUUGCUGCGGAGGCGUCUGGGCUGGGUGUUGGCCCGUUGAAGGAGUGGUUGGAUAUUUUUGCCCCGGGGGCGUUUGCCAAGUAUGCGGAGCGUAUGGUUGGGGGUGACUAUUAUACACGUGAGGAACCGCUUUUCGCGGUGGAUCUUGCUAGGAAGGAUUUGAGACAUGCUUAUUCUAUUGCGGAGCAGGGGGGUUUGCGGAUGAGGAAUGUUGAGGUUACGGAUGCUUUGUUGGAGGGUGUUAAGGGGGAGAGGGGGGAGGCUGGGGAUAUUGCUGCUGUUUAUGGCAUUGUGAGGCAGAGGGCUGGGUUGGAGUUUGAGUGUUUGAAGGAGAAGAAAGAGUAG